GGCUACUAAUUAUGUCGUCAUACUAGACAACUUUCUAGCAUUUUCUAACACCACAAAAAUUUAUUUAAGUGAUGUCAAAUUCUGGUGAGGUUGAAACUCAAAUUCCGGUGAUGGAAAAUCCGGUGACGGAGAAUCAAGCGGAGAAGAUGGAGGUUGAUGCGAAGGAUGAGAAGAAGCCGAAGAGAGAAAGGAAGCAAAAGGUUGUGAAGGAGAAAAAAGCUAAAUCACCUUCUCAUCCUCCUUAUUUUCAGAUGAUGAAAGAAGCAAUCACUGCUCUGAACGAGAAAGGAGGAUCAAGCCCUUACGCAAUUGCAAAAUACAUAGAGAACAAGCACAAAGCAGUUCUCCCUACCAACUUCAGGAAGAUUCUAGGUCUGCAGCUCAAGAACUGUGUUAGCAAUGGUAAGCUUAUAAAAGUGAAGGCUUCCUACAAACUUUCUGAGGCCGGAAAGAAGAGGGCUAAAACCGCAACCACAAAAGCUGCAAGAGCAAAUGCAGCAAAAGAGCCAGCCAAGAGGAGGAAGCCUAAGUCAAAGGCCGUAAGCAAACUUGACAUUCCAGCAACACCGACAGCUAGGAGGAGUAAGAGAACGACUACCACAAGGAAGCUGAAAACAAUCAAGCCUGCUGUAGCGAAGAAGGCUGCUGCGUAGAAGUUUAUUAGGAAUUAGGAUAAGUUUUAUCUUAGUAAUACUUCUCUAUGGUGGCUUUUAGGGUGUCAGGGUCUUCAGUAGUUGUAUAUAAAAGUAUUUUCUGUGGCUCUUUGACCGAGUAUGUGAUGGACUGAUGGUGUUUCCUGUUGCGGGUUGUAGUCAAGUGAUGGUAUUUUGAGAAGUUCUGUAAUUAUGAAAAAUAAAUAAUACUACUUUUUCCUAUUCA